AUGGGUGGCGAUUUUAGUUUACCAGAAGUUGUUGCACAAUUCGUGGGUGGGCGGAUGGAAACGGCUAAUUUAAUGGAUCAUUUGCAAGCAUUAAUUGAUCCAAGCAAGCAGUUCGCCAAAGAUUCAAUUCGGUUGGUGAAAAGGUGCACAAAACCGGAUCGGAAAGAGUAUCAGAAAAUCGCAGUAGCAACAGCAGUCGGUUUUGCCAUAAUGGGUUUUAUCGGUUUCUUUGUCAAGCUGAUCCAUAUCCCAAUUAAUAAUAUUAUCGUUGGUGGAUAA